GACUUACGCAAGAAGAAUGCCACAUACCAAGCAGAGUUCAAGAGAAAAGAGAAGUCAAAAAAGGAUGAGCUGAAGUCUAGUAGAUCGAAGGAGAAAUCAAAAAAAGAUGAACUGAGGUCCCGAUCGAAAGAGAAAUCCAAAAAAGAUGAGCUGAAGUCCCGAUCGAGAGAGAGGUCGGGGUCUAAGAGGAGUGAACGCAAAUCUAAACGCGAUUCAAAAAGGGACAAUGAAGGAAGUAGAGGGACAGCGUACACGCAAGGCGCAACUGAUGCCACAGGUGAGAAGAAGGAAACGCGAUCGGAUGCCGAAGAGAAGAAAGCAAAUCGUAUACGAAGAGACAAGGCUGAAAGACUCGAUCGUGCCAUGGCUCUCUAUGCGACGAUACAAGAAAUGAAGCGGUUUCUGGCCGACGAAAAACUAAUUGAAACAAAGUUUGAGUUUGCUGGUAGAUGGGACGACCUUUUUCGUAUUUUCAAAAGAAAUCCGUAUAAGUCGGCACUGGAAGAGAAUACUGCGCCUGGAAGAUGCUAUCCGGAGGAGGAGCAUAUGAUGAAU